AUGGAAGGGGGGUGGCCUGCUGGGGGGGGAUUCCUCCUCUACCUCACUGUCAACCUUCUGCUUCCAGGAAAAGGUGACACUUUCACCAUCAAUUGCUCAGGCUUUGACCAGCAUGGGGUGGAUCCUGCUGCCUUCCAAGCAGUGUUUGACAGAAAGGCCUUCCGUCCAGUCGUCAACGACAGCAUCCCCACUCGUGUCAACAUCUCCUUCACCCUGUCUGCCAUCCUGGAAGUGAAUGCACAGCUCCAGCUUCUGACGUCAUUCCUGUGGAUGAAUUUGAUGUGGGACAAUGCCUUCAUCAGCUGGAACCCAGAAGAGUGUGCCAGCAUCAAUAAACUCACUGUAUCAGCUGAAAACCUGUGGCUCCCAGACAUCUUCAUUGUGGAAUCCAUGGAUGUAGAUCGAGCACCUCCAGGUCUCACUGUAUUCGUCAGCAGUGAAGGUCAAAUGACCUACGACCGGCCAGUGCGGGUGACCAGCAUCUGUAAUCUAGACAUCUUCUACUUCCCUUUCGACCAACAGAACUGCACCUUCACCUUCAGCUCCUUCCUCUAUACAGUGGACAGCAUGCUACUGGGCAUGGACAAGGAAGUGUGGGAGAUAACAGAUACAUCUCGCAACCUCAUCCAGACCCAGGGAGAGUGGGAGCUCCUGGGCAUCAACAAAGCCACCCCAAAGAUGUUGGUGGGCAGCAACCUAUAUGACCAGAUCAUGUUCUAUGUGGCCAUCAGGCGCAGGCCCAGCCUCUACAUCAUAAACCUUCUGGUGCCCAGUGGCUUUCUGGUUGCCAUUGAUGCCCUCAGCUUCUACCUGCCGGCAGAAAGUGAGACUCGUGCCCCAUUCAAGAUAACACUUCUGCUGGGCUACAACGUCUUCCUGCUCAUGAUGAAUGACUUACUCCCUGCAACUGGCACCCCUCUCAUCAGUGUCUACUUUGCCCUGUGUCUGUCCCUGAUGGUGAUCAGCCUGCUAGAAACCAUCUUCAUCAUCCACCUGUCGCACAUGGCUACCACACAGCCCCCACCUAUGCCUUGGUGGCUCCACUCUCUGCUCCUCAACUGUGCAAGCCCAAGGAAGUGCUGCACCACUGCACCUGGGAAAGGAAAUAAGGGCCUCGGCCUCACCCUCACCCACCUGCACGGUAUGAAGAAGCCCGUGGAGUUAGUGGAGAAUGUGCCAGGUGCCAGAGGGACAGGGUUAAAUGGGUGUCCUGGGUCAACAAGGGCUCAACAGGAAGAUGAGGCUCAGAAGCAGCACUUGGUCGACCUGUGGGUGCAGUUCAGCCACAUGAUGGACACCCUGCUCUUCCGCCUCUACCUGCUCUUCACGGCCACCUCCAUCAUCACAGUCAUCGUCCUCUGGAACACCUAGGCAGGCAUGCAUAUCCACUUGUCCCUGCAAACCACAGCCUGGAGUUUCUCUUGGUCUUAGAGCCAGCCAGUCCUGGGCCCCAUUCCUGAUCUUAGCCACUUAACCCCAGUGACUACCAUGUCCCCAUCUAUACUCCCCAAACUCCAACACAACUGUACCAAGCAGGUUCAGAAUAGCCCCAAACAAUUUCCUGAUUUCUCAUAUGUCAUUCCUACACACUUUAAGAGUUCCUUAGCCACACACAACUUCUGACUCUCUUAUCAAUGGAGCUGAGGGUCAGCAGAAUCUCUCCUUGAUUGAUUGUCCCCCAAACGCAACUUUUCAGGAAGCACUGGCUCCUCAGUACAUUUGUAAUAGGUCCACAAACACUGGGACGUAGAGUCCUCUUGCAGAGGACUUGAUAGUUGACUUAAACAGCUGUAAUCUGAUUUGAUUUGAAGACACUUUCAGAAUUUUAAAAGAACGAAAAGGUCAAGUCUCAUUUGUAAAAAGUUACUAUAAAAUAUUUACAACAGGAAAAUGUUUCUUGUAUCAACUACUUUCACUUCACUUGCCUUCUCUCUCAUUCUUGAAAUUGCUCUUUGAAAUAAAUUAUAUAUUGUGUCCUUUUUCCCCCCUCUGAUUUCACAAAAUCAGAGAGGGCCUUCUGAAAACAUAUGUUUGGAGGAGGGCUGGGAAGACUAAGGGUUCAGGUUAGGAGCGUCUGGGUAGCUAGUUGGUUAAGUGUCUGACUCUUCAUUUUUGCUCAGGUCAUGAACUCACAGUUCGUGGAAUAGAGCUGUGGGGUAUGGAGACUGCUUAAACCUUCCUUCUGCCUCUCUCUUUCUCUCUCUCUCAAAACAAAACAAAACAAAACAAAACAGAACAAAAAAACCCCAAGGGGGUGGUUCAAGUUAAAUCAAUUAUCCUAUAGCCACAUAAUUAGUUGCUUUGUAGCCAUUUAAAGUAAGAAUGUAGAUCUAUGUUCAUACCAUAGAAACAGGACCAUGAUAUAUAAAGUGGGAAAAACAAGUUAUUACACAUAAUUUCUGUUAAAAAAAAAAAAAAAAAAAGGAGGGCUGGAGAGAAGGGCAGAGAAAAAGGUAUGGAUGGCUAGAGACCAAAACAUAAGCAAACUUUGUC